CCUUUUCGUUUCAUCAUCACACUCUCUGCUUUAAUCUGACACAGCAGACAUUAAUCCCCUUCUGUUUUUGCACUCUUAAUUCUCCUCCUAAAAGUUGUCGCGUUGAGGAUGAAGUGGUGCUGAUGCGGCAGAGAUUACUAGUUUGGUUUGGUUUCCCUGCGGCGACGCCACUUUGGGUGUGUGAAAAAGUGGGUGGAGUCACUCAGGCUUGUGUAUGAUUGCGUGGAUGAGAUCAGCUCUUCAUCACUGUGUGGCAUCACGGCCGACAUGGGGGCACACUCUGGGAAUUUUCCAUCCACUUUGGAGGAGCUACAUAUUUGAGCAGCGCCGGUGAAGAGGCACUAGGAAAACAAGUGCAAAAAAAAAAAAAAGUCACAUUGAGUUUCAGAGAAGAAGAAGAGGGACAACGAGGGUGGACACGUGGGGGGGGGUCGGGUGAUGGGUAACUGCACCAAAUCCUCCGUGAAAGACAAAAUGAAGAAGGACAGAGAGCUGAGACCAGAAGAGAUGGAUGAGCUCCGUGAGGCCUUUUUGGAGUUUGAUAAGAACAAAGAUGGCUACAUCAGUCACAAAGACCUGGGAGAGUGCAUGCGGACCAUGGGAUACAUGCCCACAGAGAUGGAGCUCAUAGAGCUCAGUCAGCAGAUUUGUGGGGGCAAAGUGGACUUUGAAGACUUUGUGGAGCUGAUGGGGCCCAAAAUGCUUGCAGAGACCGCAGACAUGAUUGGAGUCAAAGAACUGCGGGAUGCAUUCAAAGAGUUUGACUCCAAUGGCGACGGUCAGAUCAGUUUAACGGAGCUACGUGAGGCCAUGAAGAAACUGAUGGGGGAACAAGUGACCAACAGAGAGAUUAACGAGAUACUCCGGGACGUCGACCUGAACGGAGACGGUUUGGUGGACUUUGAAGAGUUUGUGCGAAUGAUGUCGCGCUGAUGUGCACCAUGCGGGAAUGUUGUCACGCGACAACACACACGGGAAUACACUCCUUUCUUUGUUUGAAGCUUCAGAGUUAUAUUUUUACAGAAAAUAUUCAAAAAUAUUCAUUAAAAAGUGAAUUGUGAAUUCUAGGACAGCAGAAAAUGACGUGCAUAUAUGGGCUAAAGUGUUUUUAAAGUGCUUUUCUGCAGCAUGGCUCAAAGCCAGGUCCAUAAAAGCGUGCUUGGAUCAGUUUGGUGUGGAAGAACCCCAUCAAACACUGUUGGGACUCUCUCAGGUCCAACAUCAGUGACCUCUGACAUCUUUAAUGGUCUAGUUUUACUAUUUCCACACCCAGGCGUCCAAAUACUUUAGUCCAUAUAACACAGUACAGCAGGGGUCACCAACGUCUUUCCUUGUGAGAGUUACUUGUACAAAAUGAAAAUGGCCAAGAGCUACUCAUUUUUGUAACAUUUAUUUUCAGAGCUUAUUUUAAACCCAAACAAAGCGAAUAUGCUUGUUUUACCAGAACAUGAACAAAAUGCUGGUGUCCGCAACUCACAUUUUGUAUUUCAGAAUGCAUUUCUUUCUACUGUUCUUUCAUUAUUAACUGAAAACCUGAAUGAAAAGCAGGCUUGCGGGCACCUCAUGUGGUCGUGGGGGGCUACCUGGUGCCCGUGGGCACAACGUUGGUGACCCCUGCACUACAGAAAGUCACGGCAUAGCUGACUUGGUGUUGAUGUGUUUUUAUACAUCAGUUGUUUGUUGGGAGUGUAAAAUUGCUUGUAAAUCAAUUAAAAAAAAGAACUUUUAUUAAUAAAAAUGUAACAACUCCACCGAUUCUGUCAGAGAUUGAAAAGAAACUGACAUAACUCAUUUAGAGAGGUUUCUUUCCCUUCAAAGAGCAACAUUUAACAUUUCAGGAACAAAUUUAGUAAAUAUUUGGGUGUUUGUCUCUUAAAUGUUGAUUUAUCCAAAAUGUAAGUAAAUGUGGAAUGCUAUCGUAGAGCUAAUUUUGUCAAAUUUACCUUCAUUCUUACACAUUUUCUGUUAAAAUUAGCUGGAUUUGUAUCUUUAUUUUUUGUGUCUUAUAUUGUUUGAAUAUCAUAAGUGAUUUUUCGGGAGCUAAGCAAGUUAAUUUUUUGUUGACACUUCGAGUGUGGAUACAAUUGUUAUCAAACAGACGUCGUUUUAGGGUCCAGGGUAUUGUUUUUGUUAAAUUUGCAUUCAUUGGGCCAGUGGCGGUUGUAGCUGUGGGCCAUGUGGGCAGUUGUCCACAGGGCGGCAUUAUUUUGUGCUCAGCGCUCAUUUGCUCAUCAGAGGGCGUGUGUGCAUGUCAAAUGGACGCCCCCUGCAGGCGGGAAGAUAGCGCCCCAUGCUUAGACGUUGAGGAUCAUACCAAAACAAGUAUUGGGGGUAAAUUCACCACUGGGCCUAAGCCCUAAACUUUAAAAAGUAAAUUACAACCGUAAUUGCUUAAAAAUAAAACAUUUCAUUCUUAAUAUUGCAUGAUAUUGAAUACAUGGCAAACCAAGAGCCUCAAACAUAUGUUAUUUCACUACGAAAAUGUUAAAUAAGGAGCUAUAAUGCUAAUGGUGAGUAAUAUGAGUUGGUUUAGCUUUGACGGCUACGGUAUUGAUCAAGGACUCUAAAAUGUGUAAGUUGGUCGAAUGAGAACGACUUCCGUAAUACGCCAUGCACAGGUUUGGCUGCCAUGAUGGUGAGCAGAAUCCAGAAACAUUGCAUUGUGAACGUGUACUCGACACACUGUUACGCCAUUAACUGCGGCAGUAGAGUGUCCAAAAGACCAGAUUUGUCAUGUUGCAGGUUUCCCAAAGACAAAGGCAGGUAUGUGUGAUAAAAACGUUGCAGAUUUAUAACACUGGUUGUUGUAAAUAAACAAGACAGUGGACAAGAGUCACAAAGUGUAUAUUGUGUGGGACGUAUAUAUAUAUAUAUUCAUAUUCGCUAUACUCUCUAUAUUCAUUCAUUUCAUCAAAUUGUACAUACUGUGCAUUACUUUAUAUUUUACUCUCGGCUCAGAGCCAGUGAAUACAUUGUACACUGUUGUGCGCCUUAGCCCCGCCCACCUCCCUUGCGUACCAUCAUGGCGGACUUUCUGCGCUACGGCGUACUGCACUCUGUUCCAUUCAUUUACAACUUACUCACCACACGGUAUAGAUUGUGGGAGAUGAUGGCUGCGUUCCAAUAGCGGUGGAAGUCGCCUUUGCUGACUUGCCCUUGGCACUUGCCCUCGGGGGAAUCCCCACCGCCGUCACAAAGAUAAAAAAGGUAGGUAUCGCAUCAGUUUAAGUAUAUUAUAAAUAUGCUAACGUUACCUGGUGGCUAACUGCGGUUCAUUUGUUUUCUUGACUGAGAGGUUUUACACCAGA